GCAAACAAAUAUGGCAGAAAGUAAUAAUGAAACAGAAAUCGGUAGCUUACCACAUAAAAAUACAAAUGUUAACAACGUUAAAAAAGAUGAGCAGCCUCAAACAAACGAAUUCGUAAAGGAAAAUAUUAUUCCUAUACACAAACAGAUCAGUGAUGUUGCCCAAUUCUCCUAUGCAGCCUUGUGUGCAACAGCUUUGCACUCCCUGUUUGAAACAGAUCAGGAUGGUAAAUUUCGAGAAGAAACAUUUGCUUUGAUUCUGAUUGCACUUGAACAGCCUCAGCAGGUUUGUGAGUCAGUGCGGGCGAUGCUUCAAGGUCAAGGCCUUGAUGAAAUGGAUCCCUACAUUGACAUACUACUCGCUGAGGAUGUCUUGAAAUCUGGAGCUGAGGCAAUCAUUUCUCAGUUGCUGGCCAUUGGCAUUGGUCAAGGAUGUUAUGAUGCACGCAUGCGAGUGUUUAUAAAACAUUUGGCUUGGCGUUUGAAAGUAAGUUGGGACACUGUGAAUGACCUAGAGGCUGGCAUAUCUGAGACUUUGGCAUUAUCUGAUUAUGAAAUGUCUGAUGAUGAGAAUGAAGUAGAAAAUUCGGAAGAAAAGCUGGAAAAGAAAAAGAAAGCAAAGCGAAGAAAAAUUAAGCGUUUUGCUUUGAUAGGUUUAGCAACUUUGGGAGGAGGCACACUUAUAGGACUGACCGGUGGUCUGGCAGCUCCACUAGUUGCAGCUGGUGCAGGUGCAAUCAUUGGAGGAGCAGGUGCAGCAGUGUUGGGGUCUACUGCAGGGGUCGCCAUCAUUGGGUCAUUGUUUGGUGUUGCUGGGGCUGGAUUAACAGGUUACAAAAUGAAGAAAAGGGUUGGCGCUAUUGAAGAAUUUGAAUUUGAGCCUCUUGUUUGUGGCAACAGUCUAAGGGCAGACACUCUGUCUAACCAGCUGCACAUCACAGUGGCAGUGACAGGGUGGCUCACCAAUGAGUUUAGAGAUUUUAGACAGCCAUGGAGGAACUUGGCAGAAUCAAGAGAACAAUAUGCUCUAAAGUGGGAGACAAAGUACUUGGUACAGAUGGGGGAAGCUAUGGACUAUAUAUUCAACUCUGCCAUGACAAUGGCAACUCAGGAAGCUCUUAAAUACACUGUUCUGGAAGGUCUUUUGGCAGCUGUAGCGUGGCCGUCAGCAUUACUCUCUGUAGCAAACUUGAUUGACAACCCGUGGUCAGUAGCUUUACAGAGAUCUCAGACAGCAGGCAAAGAGCUGGCUGAGGUUUUACUAGCCAGACAACAGGGUAAUAGGCCAGUUACUCUAAUUGGAUUUAGUCUUGGUGCAAGAGUUAUUUUCUCCUGCCUUGAGGAGCUUGUUAAAAGAAAAGGUAGUGAAGGUAUUGUGGAGGACGUUAUUCUCCUGGGUACACCAGCUACAGGUGACCCUAAAGUCUGGGCCAAUUUUGCUAAAGUUGUCGCAGGAAAAAUUGUCAAUGGCUACUGCCGGGGAGACUGGCUACUAAAGUUCCUGUACAGGACGUCAUCUAUACAACUUAGUAUCGCUGGGCUGCGGCCUAUCAAAUGGGUAGAUCGUCGCAUGCACAACAUCGAUCUAAGUGAUGUGGUGAGUGGUCAUUUAGAUUACAGAAAACAGCUGGACAUCAUCAUGAAGGCAGUGGGAGUUCAAACUAGAGAUGAGCUGCUUCAGUCCUCACUCCCCUCGUCUAACGCGGUGUCCCCAGCGCACAAGCCAGGUCAGGGACCCAGCACUGUUGACCUCUCUAGUUCUGAUGACGAAGCCCAGGAUAAGAACUGGGUCAUUAUCCCAGAUAUUCCGGCACCGCCUGUGAUUUUAGAGGAUUAUAGCCAGGCUGGAAAGACUCAGGUGAGAGAGGAUGUAAUACCUUGCUCAGCAAGCUUUGACUCAGGAGUUGACAUCAGCAAAGUACCAGAGUCCGAGUCUGUGGAUAGACUUGCAGGUGUUGAGCAGGUGGCAAGUCCCGUGGGGGGUGAUCAGGCGGGGAACUUAACUGCAAGUGCUAGUAAUGUAAAUGAGAGUGUGGAUUUGUCAUUGUGUAAACCGGCGGACAGAAUAGGUGAUGCAGGUGCAGGGGAGGAGGAGGAUGAGGCCAGGGAGAGCCUGGAUGAUGCUGAUGUGUUGCGUGAAACACAAGAGGAUGAGGCCAGUACACUACAACGUAAGAAGAUGUUUGACAGUAUGUACAGGUUGGUUUUGGAUGAUGAUUUGAUGGAUGUGAUGAACGACGACGAUGAUUAUUUACCUGAAACAGAUGGUAGUAGCUGAGUCACCUGGGUAGGUUGGACAUUGUUUUAAAUGUUAGACUCCAGGUUGUUGUUUUUUGGUUCAACAGAUAUUUAUUUUAUUUUUAGACUUUUUUAAUUGUAAAAGUUUAGCUAUUGUUAAUUUAUUUAAGUUUGUAAUGUCUAGAUAUUAUUUGUUUUCUUUCUUAAUUCUUGUGAUAUUUUAUAUAACUUUAAUAUUCACUUAUGCAUAAAAUAAUGGUAAGGGUACUGGCUAUGCAGUAAAAACAUUAAAUUGUAUUAAUUAUGCAACGGAAUCAUUUUGUUUAAAGAAACCACAGAUCACACAGUUUAUCAUUUUUCAUUUAUAUUUUUCUAAUGAAUGCUUUUAUUUUAAAAGCUGGCUUUAAAAGUACCACAUAUACUUGUUCACAAGCUGAACUGCAACCCCAUCAUUUGGUAUGGAAAUUUUACUCAUUUUUUUUAUUAAAGUGCCAGUAAAAGCAAUAUUGCAUUAAUUUAAAUCGUUGAAUACACACAAGACAAACAAAACAAACCAGAAAACUGAGAAAUAAUCACUAGUUGGAAACAGACAUUUCUACAACACAUGCUGAUACAAAAUCUGUUAAUUUCAAUCACGUUAGACAAAUUUUAAGCUGACCACCCUAUCUUUUCCCUGCAGUAUUUCCAGGAAGUGUUUGCUUAUGUACUAUUAUAUAAAAGGCAUUGUAAAACAUAUCAUAGCAAUCAGAAUUUUUUACCCUCUUUAAAAAAUGUAAAACACCGUUGCAAUAUCAGGUUUGCUGUAAAUUUUGUAAUUGAAGAUUGAGUAUUAUGGCAAUUAUCCUUUUGUUUAUAUUUGUCAGUGUACUCUAUCAAACAUGUCUUUUGGUCCCCAAUUCUUGUGAAUUGUGUUUCUCAAUCCUUCAAAGGGUUGUGAUAUUUUUUUUAAAAUGGCAACAAAACAUGAAUGAUUGGUGGAAAACCAUUUUGUACUACCAGAGUUAAGUGCCCUAAUAUUUUGUCAUGCAUAUUUUCCCAUGUAACAUUCAAUCACUAUAUCGCUGUAACUUCUGGAAAAAAUUAUAGCUUCAGAGGUUAUUUUUACUGUGUACAAUUUUUUAUUACUGUACAUUAACAUUGUUUGUUUAUUUGUAAGCUCUUCCUUACCUUCAAAAAAUAAUAUUUUAUCUUAAGGA